GCAGGCGUGCAGCGUUCAUUCCCAACCGAGACGUACACGCGAACGGUCGAUCGACGCGUGUGCCCCUAUCUGAGAGUCUGGAACUUGUGUGAAGCUGUGGAGUGGGAGUAACGAAUCGUGUGUGAAAAAAAAAAAAAAACAAACAGAAAAGAUAAGUGCGCACGCAAAAUUGUGGAUGUGCAGUGUGCUUAGGUGUGUUGAAGUUCAAAGUUCGGAAAGAUUAUUCCAGCAUCUUGAUAGAAGACGAUCGGCUGUAAACACACGUCUGCGUUUGCUAUUGACGCGAUCGUAACCAACUACGAACACAAAUUGCCCGUCUGCAGCAGCAGCCGAAAGUGAACAAACAGUCAAUUUACCAGAGUGACGAACGAAAACCCGGCAGACGCGUGUGCUCUAAACGUUCAGAGAUUCGUCCAGAACCGUAUACAAUGGCCACCAUUCGCAUACCACGGUGGGCGGGGAUCGGUGUCGGUCUGCUGACGGUACUUCUGCUACUCGGUGUGGAGGCGCAGGUUCCUGGCUUUGGCAAAUGCCCCAAAGUACCGGUGGUGGAGAACUUCGACACGUACGCGUACCUGGGCCGCUGGUACGAGCAGGAAAAGUAUCCGUUCUUCUUCGAGCUGGGUGGGAAGUGUAUAACGGCUGACUAUUCGCUCAACCCGGACGGCACGAUCGGUGUGCUGAACACGCAGAAGAAUUCCAUAACGGGCAAUGAGAACAGUAUCGUUGGUUCUGCACGUAUCGUUCAGUCCGCUAGAUUGGCGGUCAGGUUCCCGAGUGCACCAUUUAACGUUGAAGCUCCAUACUGGGUGGUCGGUACCGACUACAAGACCUUUGCCGUCGUUUACGCGUGCUCGGAUCUGCGCGGAUUUAUCAAUGCUAAGGUAGCAUGGAUUUUGACCCGCAAGCGGCAUCCGGACAUUGAGACGAUGAAGAAGGCGUACGCCGUGCUGGACAGCGCAAAGAUCUCCCGUGCGUAUCUGACGCGCACCGACCAAAAGAACUGCGGCGAGGAGCUGGUCAAGGUCAGCAAGGGCGUGUACAAAACCGUCGUCAAGGGUUGAGCCUUUGUGUAGGCCGGGUGGGGAAGCAUUUUUUCGGGCGCAACGAUGUCGAAAUGUGCGCAACUGGAUAACCGCUCAUUCAUCAUCAUCGUGAUUCUUUUAAGUUAAGUUGAACUGGUAGUGUGUAAGGAAAUAAAUAAUUUAAGAAUAAUA